AUGGCUCCGAGCAAAUUGCGAAAAGCCAUCGGGGCUGUCAAGGACCAGACCAGCAUCAGCCUUGCAAAAGUCGGGAACAGCAGUUCCCUCUCGGACCUUGACGUGGCCAUCGUCAAGGCGACUCGUCACGAGGAGUUCCCAGCGGACGAGAGGCACAUCCGUGAGAUCCUGAGCUUGACGUGCUACUCCCGUGCCCACAUAAGCGCCUGCGUCAACACUCUCUCUAGGCGCCUCAGUAAGACCAAGAAUUGGGUGGUGGCGCUCAAGUCCCUCGUGUUGAUCCAUCGGUUGCUGGCCGAUGGCGACCCUGCGUAUGAGGAGGAAAUCUUUUUCUCGACGAGGCGAGGGACCCGCCUCCUCAACAUGUCUGAUUUCCGAGACACUUCGAGGUCCGACGCCUGGGACUACUCAGCAUUCGUCCGCACAUUCGCCCUGUAUCUCGAUGAGAGGCUGGACUACAGGAUGCAGGGAAGGAGAGGGAAGAGGAGUACGUUCGGACUCGAUGACGAAGAAGAAGAGGCUCACCAACCCUCCCACAAGGCCACGCCAGUCCGUGAAAUGAAAGUCGAGCAAAUGUUCUCCAAGAUGCAUCAUCUGCAACAGAUCCUAGACCGUUUCCUCGCAUGCAAGCCAACAGGUUGGUGUAGCAUCUUACACCCAUUAUCAUCAAUAGGAAGCUAG